CAUGAUAAUCGUAAAGAAUAUUAUGUAUUGCUGUAGAUUAAACUACCUACCUACCAGAAAACUCGAGCAUAAAGAGUUACUUUAUGUGUGGAGAAAAUCCUCCUACUUCUUCAGCUAAAUAAUCUCUUUAAAAACCAUCUUGGAUCAUUUUAAAAGAGGUAAAAUUAGCACAACUAUAAGCAUCUACAGCAGUAAAAUGAAUCCAAAAUCAUCAUAUAUAGUAGUAAAACACUGACAUGGAACAUUUAACUCCACAAUCAGUACUUUUUUCAAUUCUAAGUACAUUUUGCGGAUUAUAUUUGCACACUUUUACUUAUCUAAGGCUUUGAAUGCAGGACUUUUACUUGUAGCAUUUUUACAAUGUGGUAUUACAGUCGUACUUUUUCUUCAGUAAAGGAUCUGAAUACUUGUUCCACCAAAGCUUGAGCUUUUUUCUCUGUUGUCCACAGCGAUGUGACGCAGACACAAAACAGCUUGUGACUCCAUGGAGCAACUGGAGGAGAGGGCAUAGUGCUUUCAAGCAGAGGCAUUUUUAAUUAGGGCACAAUGUCCUCAGGCCACAGGCUGAGGGACGUGGAGCAGCAGCGCCCCCUGCUGGAUGGGGAGGAUGUUGCAGAGAGGAAUUCCCGCAGCGAGGAGAAGCAACUGUGGUUCAUCCAGGACUGCUGCGGCAUGGUUUGUGCCUUCAUCACCUGGUUCCUGGUCUUCUUCGCUGACUUUGUGGUCACCUUCGUCAUGCUGCUGCCCUCCAGGAGCUUCUGGUACGCCGUGGUCAACGGCGUCGUCUUCAACAGCCUGGCUGUGCUGGCGCUGGCCUCCCACCUCCGCACCAUGCUGACCGACCCGGGAGCCGUUCCUAAAGGAAACGCCACUAAAAAGUACAUGGAGAGUCUGCAGCUGAAGCCAGGCGAGGUCAUCUACAAAUGUCCAAAAUGCUGCAGCAUCAAACCCGAGAGGGCUCAUCACUGCAGUAUCUGUAAGCGCUGCAUCCGCAAGAUGGACCACCACUGUCCCUGGGUCAACAACUGUGUCGGAGAGAAGAACCAGCGCUUCUUCGUCCUCUUCACCAUGUACAUCGCUAUGAUCUCCAGUCACGCUUUGGCUCUCUGUGGGUACCAGUUCAUCACCUGCAUCAGAGUCCAGUGGAGCGAGUGCAGUGAUUUCUCUCCUCCGGUGACGAUGAUGCUGAUGAUUUUCCUCUGCAUGGAAGCCCUCCUCUUCUUCACCUUCACAGCUGUAAUGUUCAGCACUCAGCUCCACUCCAUCUGCAAUGACGAGACGGAAAUCGAGCGUCUGAAGAACGAGAAGCCGACGUGGGAGCGUCAGACUCGCUGGGCGGGGCUGCGCUCGGUGUUUGGAGGUCAACCGUCCCUGUUGUGGAUCAGCCCCUUCGCUGGACUCCAACUACCAACCCUUCUCUCCAGACGUAGCUGGAAGGGCGGGGCAGAGUUCUCCGUUUGACCCGCUGUUAUUCCAGCACUGCACAGUGGAGUGAAUUAUUACCAAACCACCACAGCGAUGGUGUUUCAUGGUGGUGAUGAACCUGCAGCUGGGUUCACAGAGCAAUAUCCUUGAAGCUGUUACUGAUCCGGAGAAACCAGAUUCAGACUCUGCCGCAGGGCCCAUGAGGAAGAAGCUUGGUCUCCAUCUCUAAUGCUUGACCUCUGACCUUCCUGUGAGGUGGAGGAGCAUCAUCCCUGCUGGGAGAAAUUAAAGAUCAGACUGACUGGAGGCCGGUGCUGCUGCUGGAUGUGUGGAGAACCUUUAGAAGAGUUUCCUCCACAUGAAUCUGACAACUGAUUCAGAGUUGAAUGUGUUCAUUUAGAUGCUGAAUCUUCUCAGAGCUAUACCAGAAAUUAAUAUUUGACCAACAAUCAUACGAACCUCUGCAGUGACUAAAUAACGAUUCUCCAAAUCCACGGUUCCGCUCAGACCUCGACUUUUGGGCCGCAGUUUGGUUUAUACUUUGUUUUGUUUAGAUGAAUGGUUUGUUGAAAAAAAACAGUGAAACAUAUUUUAGGUUUUUGUUAAAUCAACUACAAGAACACUAAUGAAGACUCAGGUAGAUUCACUUCAUAAAUUAACUUCAAAGACUAAAAAGAGAGGACAAAUCUGCAAAUUUACAGUGUAUAAUUGUCCAUUUGUAAACUUAGAAAUCAGACACAUAUUUUUGUCCACAAAAUCAAAGACAAAUUAAAUAAUAAGAUGCGUCAACAGCUGUUGGAGGGACAUUAACAAAACACAUGGCACAUUUUAACUCCAGCGGCAGAUAUUAUGGAUGGUGACUCAUGGCUAACAGUUGAAUAUCCUGAUCUCAGAUGUUUUCUUUGUGCCUGGAGGUGCUUCAGCUGUUCACAAGCACCUUUACUGCACCUCCUCCUUUAUACCGCUCCUCCCGAGGUCUCCGUCCGCCCGCACUGACGAGACCGGUGACGGAACUGUGACGUGAGCUCCGUUUCUUCUGUCUGUGGAAGUUGAUCUGCAAAUGAAGUAUUAUACAAGUAUUAUAAUGAUUACUUUUUUUCCUUUCUGUUUAUUUUAAACUACAUCAAAUAUUUAAAGCUGUCCUGUUGAGUUUUCCCGCAAACAAACAAAAGUUCAGUGUUUCUCACUAAGACUCAUUCUAUGGACUCGAAAGUGUUGAAUUAAUUCCUUUCCCCAUAAAACAUUUGAGUAUUUUAUCACAGUUUAGAACUACACCAGAACCUUUAAGAAAUCACGUUAUAAAAUUAAAAGCAUGUAAAAAAAAUCCUACCAAUCACCAUUUACUUCAGCAUUUUUCUCCCUUUUUUACAUUUUUUAAUGAUUCUUUCUAAACCCCAAUGAUAAAAUGAUAUUUUCAAUCCCACAUUUCUCUUUAAAUCAAACGUUUUUUCCUUAAAACACAUUGGGGUUUUUAAGUGGAUGUUGUGUUUGAACUCUCAUCCAAAA